AUGCAUCUCAAAAGCAUUUCACUUCUUCUCUCCACAACGCUGUCCGGGCUAGGGGCCGCUUCGAACUUUGAUUGUGCUCACAUCGAGGUGGACAACUAUAACUACGACUUGAGCCCGCUCCGUGGGGUCCACGAAAUCUACCAUGUCAACGAGACCGAAGCGGCUGUCACAAACACAACCUACGUGCUCAACAUUUGUAGCACCCUCGGGAGUAAAGCUGCCGACCGCGGAGAAGAUGGAAAGUGUGGGCUCAGUAAGCGCACUGACGAGUUCAUCCCCCUCUUUCUCCUCCGUCGUGCAGUCUGUGGCUUUGUGAAUCGACAUCCCACCGACGGCAACGGUAGCAAGCGCUUCGCAUUUCCGAUUGUCAGCCUCGAAAACCCGGACGGGGGCUCGCUCGAUCCCAACUACACGCGACUGGCAACGAUCGAUUCGAAGUUGGAAGGAAUUCGGAUGAAGCUCGCCGGAGGCGAGUACCCCGGCGACGAUGACGAGGGAAAGAAAAAGGCCGCCGGUGCCGUGAUCGAUUUCCAAUGUGACCCGGACCGUUCUGGCCUGGAAGGCUUGACUACGGCGGAAGACGGUUCGGAUGCGGAGGGAGGUGCGGACGGCAAGAACCGCCGACGCGAUGGCAAAGAGCAGUCCCGCGAGCGCAGUCUGCAGUUCACGAGCUUUGCGCUUGAAAAGGGUGACAAGGAUGACAAUGAAGAGUAUAUUCUGAGGUUGCAAUGGCGCACGCGCUACGCCUGCGACGAGUACCAGCGAGGGAAACAGAACAAUUCCAACUCCUGGGGAUUCUUUACCUGGUUCAUUAUCAUUGUUUUCCUCUGUGUGGCAGCUUACCUGAUCUUCGGUUCAUGGCUCAACUAUAAUCGCUACGGCGCUCGUGGCUGGGACCUCCUCCCGCACGGUGAUACAAUCCGCGAGAUCCCCUAUCUCCUGAAGGACUGGGUUCGGAGCGUCAUUAACACUUUACAAGGAGCCGGAUCCCGAGGCGGCUACAGUGCUGUAUAA